AGAAAACAUAUAUCAAAGAUGCCAGUAUGUAUGAAUAAUAAAUAGCUUAUUUUAAGCGUGCACCAGUGUAAUUUACGUCAAUAUGAAUACAACCGAUGCAGUGCUAUUCAAAAACUUCACAAUGGAUAACCUUACACAUAAGGACGACAUCUCUACAUCUUUAACAGACGUUACUACAACUUCUUUUGCCGCAUCUACAACUUCCCAGCUUAUCACUACAGUAGAGGAAACAUAUGUUCCAAAACCGUUGACUAUAGAUGACAUUCUCGGCGUAUAUUGGGAAUACAACACGGCACGUGAGCUAGGGUUACACGGAUAUCCGGUGAUAAUUGCCCUUGGAACUAUGGGUAACAUUCUCACCUUGCUUGUCAUGUUAAGAAAGAAAAUGCGCCAACGCACAACGUGCUUCUAUAUGGCAAUAAUCGCCAUGUUUGAUACAUUAGUUCUUUAUUUCGCUUGUCUUAGACAAUGGUUGGCUCUGCUUCAUGGAAACGAUGCGUUGUCGCUGAGUUCGUCUGCGUGCAAAAUCUUCAAUUUCCUCACGUACACGUUCUUUGACAUAUCCGUUUGGCUAUUAGUGAUAAUGACGGUCGAACGAUUUCUUGUUGUUCGUUUUCCUCUUCAUGCGCCCAAAAUAUCUUCAAUUCCACGUGCAAGAAUAGCUGUAAUAACCUUGGUCAUUAUAAUGGCACUGGUAAAUUUACAUUUCUUCUGGACGGUUCAUCUCGACGAAAGGGGACGCUGUAUUUACGUAGAAGAGUUUGAACAUUUUCAUGACAACAUAUGGCCCUGGAUUGACGCGACAGUCUAUUCAUUUCUGCCAUUUUUAUUCCUUCUAAUUUUUAACCUUCUUAUCAUUAUUAUUCAUAGAAGAUCUGUAAUUCUACGAAGAACAACCUUGAACAUUUCCAAAUCUAGAACUAGAGACAGAAGGUCAAAUCAGGGGACGCAACUCCGACUUAGUGCAAUGCUUCUUUUGGUGACCUUCACCUUUUUGUUAUUGUCCGCGCCAAACGUUUUGCUAAUUUGCUUGAGGCAUAAAUAUUUUGAUUUCUCUGUCCAAGUUGAUGACUUCCGGGAUAUAGCUAUAUAUAGACUUGUGUCAAUGAUCACAAUGUUUUGUUUAUACCUCAAUCAUGCUGUGAACUUUUUCCUGUACUGUAUAACUGGACAAAUGUUUAGACGAGAGCUAUUGAAAAUAGUCACGUGCCAAUGCGACGCUGCACGCGCUCGAUCAUCUAUGUUCUCGGAUUUCACAACUCGAACUGCGAGAUUGAGCGAGUCAUCAAUGCCAAGCAGCCCUGAUCUUGUCAGAAGGCAAACAGAUUACAUCUAAAUAUGAAAAAGUGCCGAGUAAAGUUAUUUU